AUGAGUUGUUUAAGUGAGUUAUUAACAAAUAACUCAUUUUUAAUAUUAUCAAUCACAACGAUAAUAUCAAUUUUAACAUAUUAUCAUUUCAAAUGGAGUCGAGCACUAAACUAUUGGAAAUCACGUAAUAUUUCGGGACCCAAACCGUUACCCAUUUUUGGCAAUCAAUUAUCCCGUUUUUUUCAACCAUUUCCUACUGUCGAACUAGACUUGUAUAAAAAGUUUGGCAAAAUUUUCGGUGUCUAUGCGGGCGACAAACCCAGUCUAACUGUUGCCGACCCCGAACUGGUCAAACAAAUACUGGUCAAAGAUUUCCACUUAUUUCACAACCGACGGGAAAAUCCGACCAGACAUCCGAUUUUUUCGAAAAAUAUGUUCGCCGCUCGCGAUGACGACUGGAAACGUAUCCGAGCCAUAGCAUCGCCAACAUUUACUUCGGGAAAAAUGCGUAAAAUGUAUUCAUUAAUUAGGGAAUGUUGUAUGGAUUUUGUCGAACAUGUCGACCAAUUGGCCACUACUACUACUACAGGUGCCGGUGGUAGUAAAGCUCAGGUAGAGCUWAAAAAAUUAAUGGGCGACUAUACUAUGGAUGUGAUAGCCCGGUGCGCGUUCGCCACCCAUACGGAUACCUAUCGUCGACCGGACAACGAGUUUACCACWCGGGCUAACAAUAUAUUUACKACACCCYUGUGGCGUAUGCUAGUGUUGGGUGCACUGCCCAGUCGACUGUUUCGGGUACAAUGGAUCAGGCGGUUGAUUAUAGGUCAAGAAAAUUCAAUGUUUUUUAUUGAUGUUUCRCGUGAUUUGAUUGGCAAACGUAAACUAAAUCCCGGRAAAAAAUACAACGAUUUCUUGCAGUUGCUUAUGGAUGUCGAACGACCMGAUGAUAAUGAUAGCAAUGAGCACCGGGAGGUCAAYAACGAUGAUGAUAACGAAGCUCAUCACGUACUGGAAACCGGUGAAGACGAGCUCCGGGCUAAACGUCAAGCGCUGGUCAAUGUUGUCGAAAAAAAGUUGACCGAAAACGAAAUMCUWGCCCAAUGUUUCCUGUUUUUCAUUGCCGGCUACGAAACAACGGCUACAACACUGUCCUAUUGUGUCUACGAGUUGGCACUGAAUCCCGGAUUACAGGACCGACUGUAUGGGGAAGUCAGUCAAGUGUUUGACUCCGAUGGUAACAUCGACUAUGAAUUGCUAUCGCGACUACCGUUUAUCGAUGCCUUACUAUCGGAAACGUUGCGCAACUAUCCGCCAUUGCUGAGACUGGAACGGGAGGCUGCAGYUGAUGUCAAGYUAGGCUCAGGUAGUUCAACCGUUACCAUUGAAAARGGUGUAAUGGCYGAAAUACCGGUCUAUGCUAUACAUCAUGAUCCUGACAACUAUCCCGAACCGUUUAGUUUCCGACCCGAUAGGUUUAUGCCGGAAAAUCGGUCCGGUAUUAAACCCUAUACCUACUUACCGUUUGGUGCCGGCCCUCGAAAUUGUGUCGGGAUGCGAUUUGCACUGUUAGAAGCUAAGCUAGCACUGGCCCAACUUAGCAGGCGAUUCCGAUUUAGUCGGGUCACGGAUACGGAUGUACCCGUUGUGUUCAAUAAGGGUCGGUUCCUAUUGCAGGCCAAUCGCUUGGUGGUCGGCAUAGAGAAGCGGCGAUAAUAAUAAUACAGUAUAUAUACCAAUAUAUUAUUGGUAUUAUUAUUAUUAUAGACUACAUAAGCUAUUAAUUGAUUUGUUUUUAUUAUUAUCUUAAAAUAUAUUUUUUUCUAUCUAUAUAUAUUUGCCAAUAUAUUUAUAACUUUA